AUGUCUACCACAUCAACUGAUGAUAUAAGCGCAAUAGCUAUAGGACCAGAAGCAGAUGCAAUUCCCCAAACUCAUGAAGCUGCCUCAAGUGCAAACACUGAUGAUCCAUCCAGCAGUGCAAAUCAAGCAAAUAGUGAGAGCCAAGCGUCCAGACAGUCAAACUUGCAGAGAAUACAGCAGCGAAAAUUACAAGUAUAUAACUGGCCACAACACAAGAAGUUGCUGAAGUUAGCUAUCUACUCAGCUUGUCAGACCCCUGAAUGUAACUGCAAUGGCUGGAAAACACCAGUCGCACAACAGACAGUCAGAGCAAACGCCAGAGCAGAUAAUCAACCUCUAGCCAAUUUCACAGACCCUUGCCGGAACUGUCACCACAUUUUAGAGAAACAUGUAACUCAGCUACAAGGACUGUCUGGUGCAGAAAUAAAUCGACUGCUGGCUGCAGUUGUUGAUGUUGAGAAUAUAUUUAUGUCUAUGCACAGAGAGGAUGAUCAAGACACAAAGAGGGUUUAUUAUUUUUUAUUUAAGCUCCUAAGAAAAUGCAUCUUAACAAGAUCUGAGCCACAAAUAGAUGGUCCAUUAGGACAGCCUCCGUUUGAGAAGCCAUCUAUAGCCCGGGCUAUAACUAACUUUGUUCUGUACAAAUUCAACGCGCUACCUCAGAGAGAAUGGCAGACGAUGUAUGAUUUAGCAAAAAUGUUUCUACAUUGUUUCAACCAUUGGAACUUUGAAACACCGAGCGUUAGGAAACUGCAAACCUCAAACCCAGAAGAGAUAUCAGCCUAUCAAAUAAACUAUACAAGGUGGCUGGUAUUCUGUCACGUGCCUGCAUUUUGCGACUCCCUCCCGCAUUAUGAUACUUCAUUGGUGUUCGGACGCACCUUAUUGAGGGCAGUGUUCAAGUCAGUCUGUCGACAACUCAUGGAUAAGUGUCACUCUGAAAGAGAUAAAAUGCCACCAGAGAAACGGAUACUAGUCCUCAAUCAUUUUCCUCGUUUCCUGGGUCUGCUAGAGGAGGAAAUAUUUAGUGCUAAUUCACCAAUAUGGGAUCCAGAAUUCAAACAGAUGCCGCCCAGUCACCUACAGAAUAUUUUGGAUAAAACACCUGGUAAACGCGGUGAAUUUGAACGCGUCACCGCAACGGGAGAAAGCAAAGACGGCUUCACAACAGUGUCGCUGUCGGCAGGUUCUAUAAAACAAGAAAGCCUGAAGCGUUCCGGCUCUGAAAUGUCGGUUGGGGGAAAGAGACGGAGAGUGGAAGAGAGUGAUGACGUGAGCGAGCGGACGGUGACGGAGAUAGUAGCCACCAUUUCGGAUCCAAAUUACAUGUGUGGACCGGAUGCCCUGUUUCAAAUGCAAGCCCCUCGCGAUGAAGCGGCCAAGCUGGAAGAACAGCGUAAGCUGAUUGAGUUUCAUGUAAUCGGAAACUCUUUGACUGGGCCAGUCAAUAAACAAACGAUGCUGUGGCUUAUAGGCUUACACAACGUCUUCUCACAUCAAUUACCUGAAAUGACAAAAGAAUACAUAUCCCAAUUAGUCUUCGAUCCGAAACAUAAAACACUAGCUCUAAUAAAGGAGGGUAGACCGAUUGGCGGAAUUUGUUUUAGAACGUUUCAUUCGCAGGGUUUCAGCGAGGUGGUGUUCUGCGCAGUGACAUCGAACGAGCAAGUCAAGGGCUACGGUACACAUCUUAUGAAUCACCUCAAAGAUUAUCACAUUCAGAAUAACAUCCUGCACUUUUUAACAUUUGCUGAUGAAUUCGCUAUAGGGUAUUUCAAGAAGCAGGGCUUCAGCAAGGACAUAAAAUUGCCUCGGGCCAUGUACCAGGGCUACAUAAAGGACUACGAAGGCGCGACGCUUAUGCACUGCGAACUUCAUCCGAGGAUCGUUUACACUCAAUUUACUUCAGUUAUAAGGAAACAAAAAGAGAUUGUGAAGAAGUUAAUAGAUAUGCGACAAAAAGAAGUACGUAAAGUUCAUCCGGGAUUGACUUGCUUUAAGGAAGGAGUACGAAGUAUACCAAUAGAAGCAAUCCCAGGUCUGCGCGAAGCCGGAUGGAGGGCGACUCGCUCCGUCCCAGAACCGCAGCUAGAUGCCGACCCAGCACCAUUUAGGAAUAUACUUCAAACGGUUAAGAAUCACGCUGCCGCCUGGCCCUUCCUUAAGCCGGUGGAUAAAGCUGAGGUACCGGACUACUAUGACCACAUAAAAUACCCUAUGGAUCUCCGUACGAUGGGAGAGCGCUUGAAGGCACGAUACUACGUGGCGAGGCGUCUCUUCAUCGCAGACAUGACCCGAAUAUUCACCAAUUGCAGACUAUAUAAUUCUCCAGAUACAGAGUAUUACAGGUGUGCCAACAUUUUAGAAAAAUACUUCCAAGCGAAAAUGAAGGAAGCUGGUUUGUGGGAUAAGUGA